GUGCGAAAGGACCGUAGAGGCCUAGGGGUGAGAGGGCAGCCAGGGUUAGAGAUUUGGAGGAGCCAGGGGCCAGGAGGACGCACGUGUCCGCAUCCUUUUCUUCUUGCCCUUUAUCCCUAGGGUUUGAUAGCAGCGGGGAUAGCUCGGGGGCCCCGUGUAUGGCCUCGGAGUUACAGCGUCCGGACUCCAUGCCCUGUCACAAUCGGCAAGUAAACUCUACUUCUAGCCCAAGUCCCGAGCAUCUGCUAGCCGAGGACCGGGUCCUGGAUCAUGCAGAGGAAAAUAACGCUGCUAUGGCUAAGCUGACUCUCCUCCCUGGGCACGCCCAUUCUAGCGUGCUUUCGGAGCGGGACUCUCCGGCCUGCUGCAGCACUAAUCUUCACUCUGAGAACCACAGUGACAGUAGUGACAGUGGCAACUACGAUGCACCUGUCGGCGGCGACUCCCUGCUAGGGGACUGUGAACUCUCCCGACAGAUUGGGGCUCAGCUUAAGUUGCUGCCUAUGAAUGAUCAGAUCCGGGAGCUUCAGACUAUCAUCCGGGACAAGACAGCCAGUAGAGGGGACUUCAUGUUUUCUGCAGAUCGCUUGAUCAGACUUGUUGUAGAAGAGGGACUGAAUCAGCUGCCAUAUAAAGAAUGUAUGGUGACCACUCCGACAGGGCACAAGUAUGAAGGAGUGAAAUUUGAGAAAGGAAAUUGUGGGGUCAGCAUAAUGAGAAGUGGUGAGGCAAUGGAACAAGGUUUGCGAGACUGCUGUCGAUCCAUACGGAUUGGGAAGAUCCUGAUUCAGAGUGAUGAGGAGACACAAAGGGCCAAAGUAUAUUAUGCCAAGUUCCCCCCAGACAUUCAUCGCAGAAAAGUCCUUCUGAUGUAUCCAAUUCUCAGUACUGGAAAUACUGUAAUUGAAGCUGUAAAGGUUCUUAUAGAACAUGGUGUUCAACCCAGUGUUAUUAUCCUACUCAGUCUCUUCUCCACCCCACAUGGUGCCAAAUCAAUCAUUCAAGAAUUUCCAGAGAUCACAAUUUUAACUACAGAAGUCCAUCCUGUUGCACCUACACAUUUUGGACAGAAAUACUUUGGAACAGACUAAGUUCUUAAAGGAAAAUGAAAUACCUUACAUAAUAUUAUGGUUAUAAAUGGAUUCCAUAUCUGUUUUUACUAAUUUGUUUGAGAAAAUAUGUUAGGAAUACCUUUUAACAUUGGAAGUAGGUGUAGCAACAAGAAAUAUUGGAAGUUUAUUUAUUUGAUUUGAUCAUUUCUUCACAUGUGGUACCAAAUUCAACAAUGAAGCACAACCUCAGUGCUUAAAACCGAUGGAAAUUUUAAUUGUAUGCUAAUAGAAGUCACUGACUCUUCAGUUAGUCCAUGGAGACUGUAGAACUUAGGACCCCAUCUCUUGGUUUGGAAGUUGCUUGUAGCUGCCAAGAAAACCCAAAUGAGAGUUAGUUCUUUGGUACACUGCAGGUUUACACUGUCCUUACUGUGUUUUAGCUCUAGAGUGUUUCCCUGUAUGUGGGUCUUGUCACCCUCUGUACUCUAUAUACUAUAUAUAUAUACACAUAUACAUAUAUAUAUAUGUACAUAUAUAUAUGUACACACACACACACACACACACACACACACACACACACACACACACACACACACACACACACAUGCAGGUACCUUGAAGAAGAGAGAAUGAGAGUAUAUCCCGGAAUUUUAUGUUGCCAUUUAUGUCCUCACUUAAUUUGCAGGCCCAAGAUGUCCGCUUAACUUGUCUGCUAAGCCGUUGUAUUCCUCAAGGCUGGCUCAUUUCCCCAAGUGGGAAUUGAGGGAAGGUACUUACCAAGCUGUAACAUGGUGACAAAGACGCAGGGUCUUUUCAGUAACUGAAUCUGUAACAUGAGUCUACAGAGACUAAACCACCGAUGCCUGAUGCUGACCCAAGAGAGCUCAAUCAGCCUUCUACAAAGGAAUUGGUGUAGAUUUUUCUAAGAUGUGGGGGAAAGUAGAGGCUUUGCUUUUCGUGGCCAAUAAGGAAAUCAAAACGGUUCUUUGGUUGUUGUUGUUUUUCAAGGUAGGGUUUCUCUGUGUUCCUCGGGCUGUCCUGGAACUCACUGUGUAGACCAGGUUGGCCUUGAACUCAUAGAGAUCCACCUGCUUCUGCCUCCCAAGUUCUGGGAUUAAAGGCAUGCAGCACAACACAAUAUGCAAUACGGUUCUUUUUAAUUUAGUUGUUUCUAUUACUUGCUUUUGGUUUGGAACUUAGUUAUUUUGCAUGUCUUAUGACUAUACCUGUAUUAAAGUAGAGAAUACAUAAAGUCUUUUAAAAUAUAUAAGGUUUGUAUGUGUUCAUAUUUAAGCUUCUGAAAGGAGAGGAAACAAUUUUAGAAUCAAUCUUUGCACUUUUGAAAUGUGCUUAUAAAACCCAGAUUCCUGUUUUACAUGGAUAUUGUGGUGGCUGGGUGAUUACUUGAUUAAUUACACUCUCAUGGCCCUGCAGAGAGCUGCUGUGGGGCUCUGUUGAAAAGUAUAAGAAAAAGUACAUAGGAAUUUCUUAGAACUGAAGCUGAAAAGGUCAGUGAAGCUCAAGGGAGGAAAGCAACCUGGAGGAAAUUGACUGGACUUUACCUUAUGGUUCUAGCCUACUAAACUUCACUGUACUGUUGUUGUUGUUGUUGUUUCUUUGAGGCAGAGCUUCUCUGUGUAGUCCUGGCUAUCCUGAAACAUGCUCUGAAGACCAGGCUGGCCUCCAACUCAGAGAUCCACCAACCUCUGCCUUCCAAGUGCUAAGAUUAAAUGUGUGUGCCACCAUGCCCAGCUACUUUGUUUUUGGUUGUGAGCCUAGCCUUCAAUGGCUGAGCCAUCUCUCCAGCCCUAUUUUUGAAGACUAUUAUGUAAUAAAAUUAAAAUUCAUCAAACAGUUCCUUCCAUAGUAGAAUGUUGCCUUCAAGUUCUUCCUGAAAUUUUUUUGAGAUAGGGUCUCCUGGCUGGCUUGUAACACAUAGACAUCAUCCUGCCUCUUGAGUGCUGGGAUUAAAGUUGUGCUGAAAGUUAUAUUUAUAUUUGAUAUUAGGUGUCCUAAGAAUGAUGUGAGUGCAAAUUCAGAUAUAACGGAUCUGUUGACAUUGUUAUUGCACUGAAUCAGUAGAAAAGACAAUGGAUGCUCACUAACAUGGGUGUGGUAGGAGGAUUUCAACUUUGAGGCUAGUGUAAGUAACUGAGUCAGAUCUUGUCUCAAAAAUUUUGUUUUGCCCACUAACCUAAGAAUUGCUGUGACUCAAUUGAAUUGGUGCUUGUCUUGGCUGCAGUAUUAUCUUUGAAUAUGAGAUAAUUUCAAACUCCACUGUAGGGAUAAAACCAUAUUUUAAGCAAACUCUUUUUUAAAUUUUGAAUCAUGUCUUCGUACAUAGGCUAGCUUUGAACUUGCUGUGUAGUCAACUCUGAUCUUGAACUCCUGUUCUCACUGCCUCCACUGACUUCUGGUAUGAAAGGCUUACCACCAGCAUGCCAAUUUAAAACAAAUUAUUUUUCUACCAUUAGCCAUUUAGAUUCAAAUGUCUGUUGCUUUUCAGCAAUAAAUGUGAUUAAAAGUUAACUACAUUUGAUUCUCACAUGGAAGCUUAGUAUAAACAGUAGGAAUUAUUCAAUAAGGUCAUAUUCCCUUCUGAUGUUUGUACCCUACAACUCCUGCAGAUAUAACUCUGGUCUCUGAAUUUUGGAAUGCUUUAGCAAACAAAUUCGUACUUGCAGGGCUAAUCACUUGCAGGACUCUAUUUUCUAAAGUCAACAUAAGAUUAACAGACUAUUAAAAGUAAGAUUGACUUUAGUGACAUGAACUUCAGAGCAGUAUAAAUUGUGCAGGUUCUUUAUUGAAAAAUAGAAGCUAGAGCAAAAUGAUGUGCAAAUAACACAAAGCUGUGAUUCUCAAAGUAUGGCAUACAUCAUAAUUAUUCCCAAUGAUGUGCUACAGAUUGCUGAACCCCAAAUUUACAGUGUCUGAUUUAAUGUCUUGAUUUCCAACAUUGAUUCUUUUUAUAAUGUAGGCCUUUGAUGAUAUAAAACUUUCCAUAAGGAUUUAGCUGAUUUUUGAUAUGUUUCCAUUUUGAUUUUCUUUUAUAUUUCUUCAACCCAGGGUCAUUUAGAAGCAUCAACCAACUGCAAAUAUUCACACCAUUUUCCAUAUUUCUCUUUACUAUUGUUUCCUAAUUUAACUCCAUGGAGGUCAGAGAAUAUGAUUGUCAUGAUUUGAAUUCUUUCAAUUUGUGAGAUUUUUUAGACAAAGGCUCUUGUCCAUAAACUAUUGUUAUGUGGUAAGCCUCCUUCCUACCACUUGUUCUACUGAUUAUUAGGAGAAGGAUAUUGAAAACUCAGAUUAAAAGUGUUGUAUUUAUUUCUUCUUUCAAUUCUAUGAAGGUUUUGCUUUGUGUAUUUUGAAGCACUCUUGUUAGGUGUAUACGCUGUUAGGGUGGCUGUAGUCUCUUGAUGAUAUGACCUGUUAAUACUCUUUGUGCUGAAAUCCCAGAUUUCUUUUGAGUCGAUUUACUUUUAACAUGGUUAUGUUUUAAUGUGAAUUUAUUAUAGUCAGGUUUGGAGCUGUGUCUUGCUUUUUUUGAUCCUUUUUUUUAAUUAGAUAUUUUCUUCAUUUACAUUUCAAAUGCUAUCCCAAAAGUCCCCCAUACCCUCCCCCCCCCACUCCCCUACCCACCCACUCCCACUUCUUGGCCCUGGAGUUCCCCUGUACUGGGGUAUAUAAAGUUUGCAAUACCAAGGGGCCUCUCUUCCCAUUGAUGUGUCUUGCUUGUUAAAAAAUCCAUUUUGACAGUGUCAGCUUUUUGUUGCAGUGUUUAGAUAAUUUUUGUGUCAUGUAAUUAUUGACAUGAUUGGUUUUAGAUCUACCAUAUGGCUAUUUCCUUCUAUAUUUACUUUUUUUUCAUUUUCAUCUUUUUGAUUAUUAUUUAUGAUUCUAUUUUAUGUCUUCAUGAUGUUUGUGUCAGCUCUUUCCACUGAAUCCUCCAGGAUCUUGGCCCAAACUCUUUCUCUCUCUCUAUUAUAUAGCUCUAGCUGUCCUGAAAUUUACUGUGUAGACUAGGCUGCCCUUGAACUUGUAGUGCCAGGACUAAAGGCAUGUACCACCAACUUGGCCAGCCUAGUCUCCCUUAAAGGAAGACUUCUGUAUUUUUCUGAGCAUUUACAUUUAAUAUAGCAGUUGUACAACAGACAAAUUAUAGAAAUAAUAGCAUGAGUAUAUCUGACGUUUGGAGGAUUCUAUGCAAAAUAUAGACUUGAAGCAGUUAAUCAUUUAUAAAGCCAUUAUAUACAUCUCAAAUAUUUUAUAUUAAUCUGAUUAUUUUCCCUUUGUCUACCAUUAUUUGACCAUUAUGACAAGCUCAUAUGGGACUGAUUAUCAUAUUAAUUUGUUAACUUCAUCUAGCUUCUCAUAUCAGUCAUUUUCCUUUGAUAUCACAUCUCAAAGAAGCGUAAAUAAAGUUGCUCAAUACAUAUAAUUAUCAGUGCAUUAUUUGACCUGUUUAAUAUACUUGAAUUUUACCAGCAUUUCUAACCUUCCACCAUAUCACACAAAUACUGCAUGGUUAGUUUAUUCUACAGGUCACUCAGAUAACCAUUAUACUUUGCCCCCAUAUAAUUGGCUCUUGACCAAGUGCCAGAUAUUGUUUAGGGAAAGGUGAUGUUAUAGUUGAGCAAGAUUUGUUUAUUUCCAGGUUUCAAAUCAAUAUUUUAGUUUAUUCGAGCUGUUGUAAAAAUACCAGUGUAGGUGUUUUGUUUUGUUUUGUUUUGUUGUUUCUCUGUGUAACAGUCCUGGCUGUUGUGGAACUAGUUUAGUAGACCAGGCUGUCCUCAAACUUAGAGAGAUCUGCCUGCCUCUACCUCCUGGGUGCUGGGAUUAAGGACAUAGACCACCACUCCUGGCAGGACUGGUUCUUAUGGCAAAUCUAAGCAUGUAGUUUAGAAUUAUUUCUACGUCUGCUGUAAAAUCAAGUACAACUUCCUUUGCUCUGUUCUUGGCAUGAGGGCAGGCAGUGCAUAUUAGUGUAAGCUGGUUUUGCCUUCAGAGAAUUUGAAGUUUGGAGGCUGAGUUUGGAGGUUUAAAGGAAUUCUGCAAGUGUUGAUGUGCCAUUGUCUAUCUCGAAGGGCUAUUGAUUCAUAUCUGGGGCAGGCUCCAACUGUUUUAAAUUGGUUUAAAGACCCUAUUUGUUCAUGGCUUUGCCCGACUGUGAGUACUAACACUCUCCAGCUUUAUUCAAGGAAUCUGCCUGUCCCAGGUUGCUAAAGCCUUACCAGGCUGAUUCCUGUCUUCUGGAAGAGUGAUCUUUCUACUGAUUUAAUCUACUUAAAUUACCAUUUUCUUCUGAAUGUCAUUCAUUAAAAGGAAAUCUCUUUUGCUCUAGCAGUCACACUACUGAGUAUGUAAGCAGAGAGAAUGAAAUUACCAUGCUGAAGAGACAUCUGCACUCCUGAGUUCAUUGAAGCAGUAUUUUCAUUAAUUAAAAACUAGAAACAGCCAAAGUGUACAUCACAUGAUAAAUGUAUAAAGAGAGGAUGGUGCAUUUAUAUGAUAGGUUACUACUCUGCCAUACAAAGGAAUGAAAUCCUGUCUUUUGUGACACAAUCAGAUGUAACUGGAGAUUAUGUUAAGUGAGUGAAACAAGCCAGUCACAGAUUACACCAUAUGAUUUCUGCUCAUGUAGAAUCCAGUGAAAAAUGAUCUCAUACAAGUUGUUACCAAAAGCUGUGGGGGAGAUGCCCAAAUGGGAAAAGGUUGAACAAGGGUCACUAAGUUACAGUUACUUAGAAGAAAGUUCUGCUGUGCUAUUACAUACUUGUGUGUCUGUAGAUCAUCAUUAAUGUACUAUACAUGAAAAUUAGAAGAAAAUAUUUUGUUAAGUUUUUACUAUGAAGAAGUGAUAAUGAGGAAAGAGAUAAACAUGAUUUAAAUAUUAUACAAUAUGUACAUGUACUGAAAUAUAUGAUAUCUCAUUAAUAUGUACAAAGUUUCUUUUUAUGGCUCACUUAAAAUAAAUUAAAAUAAAUUAAAAAUAAUAACUGA